AUGGCUCGCUUUGGGAGAAAGGCGACGCGGAACAAGGAGAAAGAGCCGGUUACAAUAUCGGAGGAUUCUGGACCCUCAAAGGCUGCACACGUCUCUCGCACUGCAUCGGACCAAGUUUCCAUCUAUCACAUCUACCACAAGGGUGAAUUCCACCAUUACCUUACCCCGAAGCGUGACGAGUACAAAGACAAAGUGUGGCCCAGCUGUUCCGAAACGAAGGCGUACCAGCAAGAGAAGCGUGAAAAGAAAAAGCAGGAAAGGCUACGUCCGCCUGACGAUAAGGACCCUGAGACAGACGCGCCAGGAUUCUUCGUCCACAAGCCUCGUCUUUGGUUUGGCCAUCCGCCACGAACCCUUCGCCACGGCCAGUCAAAACACGGCACCCCGAUUUGUCUCAUCCAUAACUCGGGGUUCUGGCGGAGGUGGCGAAUUCAGUUCUGUGAUGGACUGGAUGAGCCGGGCGUCGUGGACCCCAGAGGCGUUGUCGGCGCUGAGAGUGGCUACGCGAGCAAGCAAGACUCUAUCCGGCAAGGUGGACAUAAGCCUAAUGGCUUUGUGCAGGGCUAUCCGGUGAAAAAGUGGAGGUUUUGGGGCGAUACGGGGAAAAGGUACCACCAAGACGUCAACAGGCGAAGACGAGAGGACGAAAACUCGUCUUUGGGUCAAGGAAAACCACUGGAAGUUUCGACCGCAAUCGACCUUGUUUGGCAUUCGCCGUUCUCGCCGCGUACCCGUAGAUACAACUUUCGCUACGGAGACCUGGACUUCUGCUGGAAAGGCACCGGAACCGUUGAGCAUCCAGGAUUUUGUGGGGCAUUUACCCGCUUCAACCACUUGAAGCUCGUGGUCCACGUUCCUGCUGGUGAAGCCCUUGACACGGAGCCAGCUGCUGGAGUCGGCCACACUAUGGGAAUGGACCAAGGGACGGAUGGGUUCGGCAGUUACCAGAAAACCUUCCCUCAAACAAGAGAGAUUUCCCUAGCCACAUAUACAUCUUCACCAGCACCUAGAAAGUCCGGGGUCCUCGAAGUUCGCGACAGCGAAUUCCUUUGGCUUUUGGAUUCAUGCUUUCCGAAGGAGCGUACAGAUGUUGAAACUCGGAAGGGACUUGGAGAUGAUAUCGCGGGAACCAGUCUUGGAGGUGAGCUGCCGGGCCUAGCACAGUUGGCAGAAUCACAGCUAUAUCAGUGCAUUAUUGCCACGGCAAUGUGCAUGGUUAUAGCAGAACAUCAGAAGAGAGAAGUGGUACGGCUAGUUCUUGAACUUGCCGCUGGUGAAGCCGGGAAUGCUGGUGGUUAG